AUGGAAGGCUUGGCACCGUCCGAGAACAGCAUAAAGCGCACGAGGUCGAGAGCCGGAUGUUAUACCUGUCGACUUCGAAGAAAAAAGUGCAACGAAGUGCGCCCAAAAUGCGAUGUAUGUUCCAAGAACAUGCUCAAGUGUAUCUGGCCCGAGGCAGGACACGGGAGACUUACGAAAGAGAUGCGCGAGAGGAUGAAGCGGGAGGUCGAUUUCUACGACGAGUUUAGCCGAAAUGGCAUCUCGGGACCUCGAGAGUCCAAGUUGAUCUCGGGAAAUUCUGAUACCAUUGAGUACGCCUCUAUUGCUGUAGAGACUUCGAAUAAGAUCGAAUCGCCACGCAUUACAACUUUCGUCAACUACACUACGGGACGGCGCAAGAAGUUUGUGCGAUUGGGUGACGAGCCCCACAUCAAAACCGAAUAUGAACUCGAUACGGCCAAUUACGACGACAAUGCUAGCGUUGUUACUUUCAUGUCCGAAAACGAUGAUUUUUUCUCGGCAAACAACGGAAGGCCGGCUGAUGGAGCGACCCCGCAGUCGAUCAGCGAACAUGAGCAGACUUUUGGUCACAAAUCGUACAAAUCGUCUCCAGAACUUACCUUUUGCACUUCCACAGUACAUUUAGAGGACGACACGGAAUUUCAUGGCCUCGACGAGGAGCAAACGGAGCGGUUCUAUCGAAGGCUUAUGCAGCAGUUCGUAUUUUGGUCCGACUCUUGUAGGAAAGGCAAACGGGGUUUAGAGUCACAAGCCGCUGAUAGACUGGAUUUAACUGGCGACGAGUUACUACUUUACUACACCUGUAUCCAUUAUUUUCUGCCUGCUGUGGGUCCCCAGCACACUGUGCCCGCACUAACCACCACCGAAACAUUCGUUCCACUUCUAGCAGAACAUCCAAUUGUGACAAGAGUUUUUUUAUGCUGCGGUGCCACGUUUCUUGCAUGGUGCCAGCCGGACAAAUAUUCUGACGUUGCGGAAGCGCUAUAUCAAGAAAGCAGGGCAGAGCUUACUGCAGAAUUGGAAUCCAAUCGAACCCGAGGCGAUGAAACAUGGGCAUUUGCAUGUUUUCAACUACUUUGUUUAACCGAUAAGCUACACAAUGGAUCAGGACCCUCGAUGGUCGAUCGGUCAGUAGAUAAUCUCGGACAUUCAUUCUUAAUCAUUAAACAUAAGCGUCAAACGAUCAAAAACAAUGGGUCCUCGCCUACCGAGCGAAUGCUGAUCGAAAGUUUCAUAUACAACUACGCUGUGUCUCUGCUCGUGGCGCAAGACGUAUCGAGAUUGCCUGAUCCAUUUGGCGAAUUGUUUCAUGAGCUGGUGCUUAUGCUGAAAUCGCCCAUAUUCGACGACUGCGACGUCGAAUGGAUGAACAACCCAGUUUUGGGGCCGUCGGUCGAUGCCUUUGAGAUGUUGGCCCAGGUGUCAUAUAUGAGUCGGCUUCCAUUACCGUUAAGGGAAAACGUUUGGAAAGAAAAAGCACAGGGCCUGCUUAAUGAAUGUCUCUACUACACGCCACCAGCUUUACCGCCUGAAAUACGCAAGAGCCCUGGGAAAUAUGCCAAAUACAGACCGGGCCUCUUGUGUGGUUCCAUCAUCAGCAAAGCCUGUUAUUUGCUGGUUAGCAAGAUUUUAAAAUACGAAGAGUUUAAUCUUCGCGAGCAUCAAAUUCAAGGCGUUGUGCACUAUGCUGUUCAAAGUCUUCAAGAGAUUGAAAAGGGAAACCCUCUUCUUUGCAUUCUACUAUGGUCUCUUCUUGUCAUUGGAGCAUUCACAGUCGAUCCUGGAGAUCGACUUGUGAUAAAAGAAUAUUUGAAAAGUACCUCCGAGACAAUUCAUUCCUAUGGCGCGGAGAAAAUUAACCAUCUACUGCUGUCUAUUUGGGAAGGCGAGAACUUGAAUCUCCUAUUUUCUAGAGAUCGUGUAAGUCAAGUUAUUAUUUAA